AGAGAGAGAGAGAGAGAGAGAGAGAGAGAGAGAGAGAGAGAGAGAGAGAGAGAGAGAGAGCGAGCCAGCGCCAGCGCAAUAAAUGAAAGCAUACUGUCAGUGCUAUUUAUCGCAUUAAUCUGCAUGGCUGCCACAGAUGUAAGCAUAUACCCUAGCGAGGAGAUGAGGACUCUUUCUCUCAGCGGUCAUGUGGGUUUCGACAGUCUUCCUGAUCAGCUGGUCAGCAAGUCAGUGAGCCAAGGGUUCAGCUUCAACAUUCUUUGCGUAGGUGAGACUGGCAUAGGCAAAUCUACGUUAAUGAACACGCUAUUUAACACAACCUUCGAGAAUGAAGAGGCCAGCCACUUCCAGAACGGGGUGCAUUUGCGUCCCAGGACUUACAGCCUGCAGGAAAGCAACGUGGAUUUACAGCUAACCAUUGUAGACACCGUGGGAUUCGGCGACCAGGUCAAUAAAGAAGAAAGUUAUAAACCUGUUGUGGACUACAUUGACGCUCAGUUUGAAAACUUCCUCGAAGAAGAACUUAAAAUUAAACGCUCCCUUUAUAACUACCACGAUUCACGCAUCCACAUCUGUCUGUAUUUUAUUGCUCCCACCGGUCACUCACUGAAAUCCCUGGAUUUAGUAACCAUGAAGAAGCUGGACAGCAAGGUCAACAUCAUUCCCAUCAUAGCGAAAGCAGACACUAUAUCUAAAAGCGAGCUACAAAAAUUUAAGAUCAAGAUCAUGAGUGAGCUUGUCAGCAAUGGCGUUCAGAUCUACCAGUUCCCGACAGAUGAUGAAGCUGUGGCUGAAAUAAACUCUUCUAUGAAUGCACACCUCCCUUUUGCUGUGAUUGGAAGCAGUGAAGAGGUUAAAUUUGGGAACAAAAUGGUGCGGGCCAGACAGUACCCGUGGGGUGUGGUGCAGGUGGAGAACGAGAGUCACUGUGACUUUGUAAAGCUGAGAGAGAUGCUAAUUCGUGUCAACAUGUUGGACCUGAGGGAGCAGACCCACGCUAGACACUAUGAGCUGUACCGCCGCUGCAAACUGGAGGAGAUGGGCUUCAAAGACACCGACCCUGACAGCGAACCCUUCAGUCUGCAGGAGACAUAUGUGGCCAAGAGGAGAGAAUUCAUCGGGGAGUUACAGCUCAAAGAGGAGCAGAUGAGACAGAUGUUUGUCAACAAAGUGAAGGAGACAGAAGCUGAACUAAAAGAGAAGGAGAGAGAGCUGCAUGAGAGAUUCGAGAUGCUGAAACGCACACAUCAGGAGGAGAAGAGGAACCUGGAGGAGAAGCGGAGAGAUUUAGAGGAGGAGAUGAACACCUUCAACAGGAGGAAAGUGGCUGCAGAAACCCUACAGUCUCUUCAAGGCUCCUCUGCCCUCAAAAAAGACAAAGAGAAGAAAACGUAAGCCUUUUUCCACCAUUUCAACCUCUGAGGCUAUCUGUUCCCAUCUCUGGUAGUCACCGUCUGUGAAUGAGACUGAUCUGUGUCUGCAUUCACAAGCGUCUGAGGUCUUUUUGUUUGUCUGAGUUGGCUGCCCGUCUUUGCCUCUUCUGGGCUCUGAUGCCAGGGCAGAGGAUGCUGGGAUAGAAGAGCUUCAGUGCUGUAAUAUUAGAGCACGCUAGACAGGAUCUUGGCAAGUUAAAGGAGAAAGAGAUAGAUGACACUAGUCGCCUGGUACUGCCAGCUGCCGGAUCAGCUUGUAUUUACAUUUUUUUGCACUCACUUUAAAUAAAAUGAGCUGUUUGCUUGAAAUAUGUCUUAGGUUGGUUGCCGGCGGAUAGUUAUUUUUAGAAUCUAGCUGAUGUUUAUUUUAUUAAACAUUUUCUUUACUUAAUUUUCAACCCAAGGAAGCAUCAGCAUCAUUAAAUUCUCAGUCAUUUCAGUCAGCUUGCCGUGCUUUCAGGUGACGGUUUAAGGGUUACUCCACCCCAAAAUGAGCAUUACCCCGCGUACCUCAAACCCGCAAAGGUUUUAUUCGUCUUCAUGACACAAAUUUUGGGGUGGAGUAACCCUUUAUAUGUAAAACAAGCACGACUCAGACAGUGAUGAUCCACUGAUGUAUAAUUGAUUCUUUUGGAUUUACAUUUUUAUUAAAGGGAUUGGGGUUCACCCCAGAAAUGAUAUCCUGUCAUAAAUUAUUCACCGUCCUGUUGUUCCAGACUUUCUUUUAUUGAACAUAAUAUGUUUUGAAAAGCAAUUCCGUAAAAUAGUAGUCUGUAAAGUGGAACUUGCAUAUGGGUGAAUAACUGAUGAGAGAAAUGUCAUUUUUGCAAGAACUGUCUCUUUAAGUAAACAUUAAGCUCUGUUUAAUAUUGUAUUGGUUUGAUUAAAACCAGUUCAUUCUCUCAUUGUCUUAAAUUAAUACAGAACUUGGCGAUAACUGGACUUUUAACAUAUAUUUUAGAUUUUUGUACAUGAAUGUAUUUUCCUCUAAACGGUUUUACAAGAUUUUGAAAAAAAUUCAUAAAAUGAAUAGUUUUAUAUUAACCAGAAUAAUUAUGAUAUUUUUACAUGUUAAUAUCUCUGCUGAUGUUAUGGCUUACCUCUGCUACACAAUUGCAAAUGUACAUUUUUCAGUACAAAAUAAAAAUACUUUCACAGUU